AUGGACGACCACACUUUCGAAGUCCCCAUCAUGCUGAGCGCAGAGAAUCUCACGUACAAGGAUAUUUCGAAGCUCAACCCCUUUUACGACGACUACAGAACUCUCUGGAACGCGUCUCCAGAGGCGCCCGCCAGCGCAGCCUCCUCCAACACUUCCUCAAGAAGCUCAUCGCUGCGUUCCGUCCGUUCUCGCAUCGAGUCAUACUCGUACUCUCCGGAAUUGGAGACUCCGCCUCUGCGCAUCCGAGCUGGUGCUCGAUCCACGGCGCCAAAGGCACCGGGCCUGGUUCUCCAAAAUGGAAACCAGUACAAGCCGACGUACGACUCGCAUCAUAGGCCCACUCAGAGCCAUGUUGCGGUCGUGGACUUUAAUCUUGAUAAGCCGCUGCCUCCUAUUGAUGAGACGAGGCUCUGCGAGGAAGAUCUGCUGGCUCUUGACCUUGUGGAUAGCUCGGUGAAGCAAAGGUUUUCUUCGCAUAAGAAGCUCUUCGGGGUAGAUGGCUGGCUUGGGGAUCUGAGAGAUGAGCCUGUUCAGAAGCUCAAAUUCAAGACCUUUAGGGAUUUGGGGAAGAAGAUCAAGGACCAUGUUGAAGAGAUUGCUGGAGAUGUCAGGAAUUACCCGAAGCAGUUCAACUUUCACCACGACACUCAGCGCAUGACCAUUGUGCCAAAGCCCAGCAUUCCCAUUUCACUGGAUCCUCUCACACAAGCCAAACUGUACUCGGACCUAGAGGUCAUCGUUUGUGUCAGUGCCAACCGGUUUCUAGUGGAGCAGUACAACGACGAUCGUCUCUCGAAGGAAUCGAUCAAGAAGACCAUCAACUUCUGGUACUCCAAGAACAGACCGCAGGUAGCUGAGUUCCAGUUCGACCAAUCCACCCAGCGCCGUCUGAUCAUGCUCAACAUAUGUACCCUUCAGUUCCACGGGGAGAGCACUGCUAACCCGGUCCUCACCCACUCCAACCUGCACAACUGGAAGGCAAUCGUCAAGGAGAUGAGCGUCCGCACGUUCUGCUCCCCCGACAGUGUGAUUCGCAAGCACAUGCACGACAUCCAUAAGCUUCUCAAUAUGCUGGGAGCACCCGUAGCUACCUUUCUCGCCUUUGAGGAUUUGCAGAUGGAGACGCUUCUGUUGAUGAAGCAGCGUUUGAGCGAGAAAAAUCAUGCGAAGCAUGGGGGCAAUACACUGGUUUGA